AAGAGUGUGAAAUGAUUCGCUUGAGUCUCUAUAUAAACAUCACAAUCCAGCUCUCUAUAAUCUUCCACUUCUUGUUCUACUCACAUUCCAUACAUCAUAUCCCUCUAACAUCCACAAACAUUUCAUAGCUUUGAUCAAACUUUCACGAACGAUGAUUCCGAUAUGCGUGCAGUGCGGAACGGGAGGAAACCCUUGCAGAUGCAAAGUGGUAGGACCGACGUUAGGGCUUGUGGCGUUUGUAGCAGCCGGAAUAGUGGAAUGGCCGGUCGGAGCAUUGGUGUAUAUAUUUAAACACGCAAAGGGUCGCCGCAUUAUGGGUCAUCCGGCCACCCAUGUUUAUCCCAAAGUCUCUCGUUCCAUUCCCAUAUGAUUAUGACUUUCAUGAUCUCACUUUAUGACUUUUGAGUAACUUAUUACUAUAUUGUAUUAUGUAUCAUGUAUGUUUCUAAGCCAUAUCGUAUCUUAUCUUUCUUUUCUUCCAUUGGGAACCUUUAAUGCUUUAAUUACCCAAGUACUGUACGUGAAUAAGUUAAUAAAUCUCCGAUUUCAAUU